CACCGCCCUACCGUGAUAGUUUCUCCAGUUUCUUACAACAUUGCACUUUUUUUUCUUGUUGUCGCCUAAUUGCAACCUCGCAACGGCAAUAUAUAUCUCGAGAAUAUCUGAUUCGAAUCAUUAGAUAUCAUAACGACGACCACUACCGGAGCAAUUGCUCGUUUUUGAGGCGCGAAUCGAGAAGCGCAGGAGCCGGCCGUUCGAUCGUUUUCCCGCAAAGCCUCCCGAGAAGGCUUCUCCUCCCAUCCUUUCUCGACUAUAACACCGAUCCCAAGAUAUAUCCGCCAUGAGACUCACGGCCGAAUUGAUUCGGGACUCGCUGUCCUAUCUGAAUCCCCUAAAGGAAAGAGAGCUUGAUCUCCGAGGACACAGAAUUCCUGCCAUUGAAAACUUGGGCGUUGCAGGCCCCCACGAUGCCAUCGAUUUCACCGACAACGACAUCCAAGUGCUGGGCAACUUCCCUCUCUCGCCGCGCAUAACGACACUGCUGCUGGCACGCAACCGCGUCGCAAACAUCCAGCCCACGGCAGCAACUGCGGUGCCGAACCUGAGGAACCUGGUCCUGGCGUCCAACAGCCUGGCCGAGUUGGCGGACGUGGAUGCGCUGGGGACGUUUACGCGGCUGACGCACUUGGUGUUGGCGGAUAACCCUGUUACGAAGAAGGAGCAUUAUCGUUACUGGGUCAUUUGGAGGUGUCCCUCUGUCCGAUUCCUAGACUACGAAAAGGUCAAGCAGGCGGAACGAGAAAAGGGCCAAGAGCUAUUUGGUACAGUGGAAGAGCCUACAGCUUUGGCAACAUCGAUCAUGGGCAAAAAGUCAAAGUCGUUCGAAGUCACAUCCAACGGCUCAUCAGCCGCGCCGUCGAAGCUCUCGCGGAUAAAGUUGACGGACGAGGAGAAGCAGAGGCUGCAGGAGAAGAUCAAGAAAGCGACGAGCCUGCAGGAGAUUAUUGCUCUGGAGAAGGAACUGAACGAAGGGCGAUUACCAUCCGGCGUUUACGGCGAUGCGAUGGAGGAGUGAGGAAGCUACUAUAAAAUUAUUUUGGCACAAGGACAUGCUUGGCCCCAUGGAUGUUUAUUUUGGGUGUCUUCUUUUCAUUUAUACUUUUUUCCUUUUUAUACUUUAAAGAACAGUUUCUCUUAACCUGUGAGAAGGCCGAGAAAGCAGCAUUGAUUGGUACACGAUGCUGACAGAGAAUAAACAACAUUUGCCAUUAGAUAUAUAAACUCCAAGAACCAACUAAAUCCAGCCCCGUGAAAAUGCAACAACAAUAAUUGAUGAAACCUUUAUAACUCUACAUGCUCCUGAAACGGCUUCGCUUCCCACGGGUUGACCGCUUCGCAGGCCGAGAGAGACCCAUUCUACGCGGCGACGGCUCGUAAAACAAGAAAGUUCGCUCCUAACCAGUCAUGUCUACGUCGGCGUCAUCCUCAGGGCGUGUGGCCUGCCUCAUCUCCAGCUCGAGCUGAUCAUUGGCAUCGUCUGACACCGCUGGCGCGGUGGUGAUGGUCUCUUUCUUGCUGCUUUCCUCACCACGAAGGGACAGUGUGAAGGGGUUGGUGCCGGCUUUGCCUUGGCCAUUGACCGCCGCCUUGGCUCCGUUGGCUUUGCUCUUGCUGCCAUUUGCUGUGACGCGAGGAGCAGCAGCAGAGUCCGCAUCGACGGCGUCGCCACGAGACUGGGCCUGGGCGGCGGCCUUUGCCUUUUUGAAGGUGGUGGUUUUGGGGGCGACGUCCUCUAGGAACUCGAGGUUGUCUCGGCGUGAUAUGGCAUUGGCUGCGAGUGUUUGUUAGAGAGCACUGCUCUGGUGGGAAGGGAGGU